CCAAGAAGACCCCGCCUCCGAGAAGACUCGGCCUCCGAUUGCUCACGUCUGGCCGCGAGUCGGCUGAGGGCCGAGCGUGUCGCUCCUGCGUCCCCACACCGAGCCCGCCUCGCGUUCGCUGUUGCGGCUGUUGCCCCGGGUUUAGCGGCUCUCGUGGCCCUCCUGGGUCCGCGGCGGCCUGGCCCAAUGGCGCCUCAACGGAGGGGACCACCUAGAGUUCCCGAGGGAAGUAGUGCAGCUGAGCGCCGGCGCACGAACAGCACCAAGAAGGACUGGCUGCCUCAGGAGGCACAGAGGACAUGGCUAAGGACUGUGGUCUUUGGAGUUGGCCUUGCCCUGAUCACAUUCUUGCUCUGGAGUAGUCUGGAGAUGGAUGAUGAUGUUGCUGAAGUCUUGGCCCAUCAUGGUGAGGUCCUGGAAGGCAGGUUCAUUGAGGUUCCCUGCUCUGAGGACUAUGAUGGUCACCGGAGAUUUGAAGGCUGUACUCCCAGGAAGUGUGGCAGAGGUGUCACUGACAUGGUGAUUACCAGGGAGGAGGCGGAGCAGAUUCGCAGAAUAGCAGAGAAGGGACUCUCUCUAGGUGGAUCUGAUGGAGGGGCAUCUAUCCUGGACUUGCACUCGGGGGCCCUGUCUGUUGGGAAGCAUUUUGUGAACCUGUACAGAUAUUUUGGUGAUAAAGUACAAAAUAUCUUCUCUGAGGAGGACUUCCAGUUAUAUAGGGAUGUGCGGCAGAAGGUCCAGGUCACCAUUGCUGAAGCCUUUGGCAUCAGCGCAUCCUCGUUGUAUCUGACAAAGCCCACAUUCUUCUCCCGAAUAAAUAGCACAGAAGCCCAGACAGCUCAUGAUGAGUAUUGGCAUGCACACGUGGACAAGGUCGAGUCUCAUUCUUUACCUCAGGCUCUGAGAACCUGCACCGGGUGGAGAAGGUCCUCUGGGGCACCCGCUAUGCCAUCACCAUUGCUUUUACUUGCAACCCUGACCAUGGCAUCAAGGAUCCAGUACUCACGUAAUGAGCAAGGUGACACUUGCCAAAGGACUUCAUUCCUGGAAAGAUUAUGAAUGCAGGACACCUUGGUGUGUGUGCUUUUCCAUUGAUGAAUGACUUACAUGGGUGUAGGAGUCCUCUGGGCCAUGAUAUCAUCCUGUACACCUCCACUGGUGUACCCCAUGCAGUCAGCUGGGCACCUCCUACCUUUUCCAAUUUGGAGCUGUAAAAACAUCUAGCCUGAGAGACGUGGCAUUAACCGUGAGCUGAGGCAAGGUGCUCUGAAGCCAAAUUCAAGCAAUAAUAGAGCUGCUUGAAGACAGAUCAGACUUCUGGCUGGAGAAUGGGAUUGUGCCUGGUAAACUAUUUAUCUACCAAGUUUGCUAGCUGAGGAACUUUCUUCCUUCAUUCACUCAGUCCAUUCAUCUACUAGAUGCCAGGUCUCUACUGUCUUGCUUAUGGGGUGCAUAGCUUGUCAGGAUACCAUCACUGUUGCCUGGUUUUGCUCUGGACCGAGACAGCUGAAUAAAGGUUUGGAUAAGGACAGAUAUGUCUUCUCCCUGUGGCCCUCUCAUGAGGCGCAGGGGCACUCAGUCUAGCCAGGCCAUCUGGCUGCUGGGCUUGCUGAGGUCUUCCCAUAUUUGGCAAAGUCUUCUGCUCCUGGCACUCUCAACACUUAACUUUGCUUUUGACAAAACAACUCCAGUUUAGCCAGUGUCUUUCAGUGGAGCACCCACCAUCAUUCUACGAGAAGAACUUUCUUCUCAAACACACUGAAAUACCUUGGAUCAGUGGUGAAGGCCAAGAACAGGAAAGCUCUAGCCUCUCCAUGAGUGGUCAUGGCCCAGCCACUAGGACAGUAACUUGGCUUUUACUCUAGACAAAUAGUGGCCAUGUGGCUGCACCACUGUUGGUUUUUCAAGUAUCAUGGUGCACCUGACAAUCUGUUGAUAUCUGUACUGUAUAAAUCCAUAUGUCUACCUGUAGAUUGUGGUUCAUCCAUCAGCAGAUUCCUUAAAGCCACAGAAAGUGAGUUAUGCCUACUGUACAGCAUGUACUUGUCUGAAAACCAAGAGGGUGCAGACACACAAGGUUACAGAUGCGAGAUCUUGCCAUAAAGUUUUAGAAUAGUUGUUCCCAACCUG